CACCACUUGACAGGACAACCAGUUAAACUGCAACACCGGGAAUAUGGCGCUAUAAACAAAAGUCAUGUGACAGGUGACGUCAUCUCGAAAAGGUCAAUUGCUAUGGAUGUUUUAGGCUAUCCAGGAGAGGCUGCAGCCUAUGCCGUGCUGUUUGCAGAGACUGUGUUGGAUUCGUCGGUUUUCCCCGUGUGACUGAGGCAUAUAGCAAGCUCGGAGGAUUUUUUAUGGUUCGGCUGGGCUCACGGGUGAAUUAACCCUGGUAUAUCCUUGGAAAUAUAGGCUGCAUUUGGCAAGGAUUCAUCCUCAUGAGCACGGAGAUGCAAAUAGGCUGUUGUUUCUAGUGGAUAUAAACGUUAGUUUAGAGAUAGCUUAGACACUGGGACUUGUGCCCACUUUACUCAAGUACAUUUGCAUCCCCUUCCAGCAUCGAUUAAGAGAAUAAAGCAGUGUCUUGCUCCCUGCACACUGUUGGAAUGUGUCUGCCAAUCAUCAUCUGAGUAGGCUAUCGUGAAUGCGCGAUUAAGAAUGACAAUUGCGAAACCCUGUCGUGUUACAUCUGCACUGAUGCUUGCCAUCAUGCAACAAUACCUUAAUUGGAAUUCGCUUUUAUCGGGGAAUUUCAUGAUCUAAUUUUAUUGGAAAUGAUGUCGGGCUGAAAGGAACUUGAUCCUGCAACCACCUUCAAUCCAUCCACACCACCAGUGCACUGUCUUUUGAGAGGAAAACAUAAACGCCUCUCUCCACUGCUUCACGACUACAUCAGUUUGAAAUAACCAAGCAAAAUGGGAGAACAGCCCAUCUUCAGCACACGGGCUCAUGUCUUUCAGAUCGAUCCCAACACCAAGAAGAACUGGGUACCGACCAGCAAGCAUGCAGUCACCGUCUCAUACUUCUAUGACAGCACACGCAAUGUCUACCGCAUCAUCAGCCUCGAUGGCUCCAAGGCCAUCAUUAACAGUACCAUCACCCCCAACAUGACUUUCACCAAAACAUCUCAGAAGUUUGGCCAAUGGGCUGACAGUCGAGCCAACACCGUCUAUGGCCUUGGGUUCUCCUCAGAGGGUCAACUGGCUAAGUUUGCAGAGAAAUUUGCAGAGUUUAAGGAGGCUGCACGUCUGGCGAAAGAGAAGUCCCAAGAGAAGAUGGACCUGGCUACCUCUCCUUCACAAGUAACUCUUCCCUCUCCCACACAGGAAUCAGCAACAUGUGACCUCCAGUCACCUCUCACGCCAGAGAGCAUUAACGGCACUGAAGAUGAGAGGCUGAUUUCUGAUGCAACCCAGAACACAGACCUGCGGGCAGAGACCAAUUCAAUGCUCUUCCCCCACAGCGGCGCCACCAUCACCAAGCACUGGGAGGCGGAGCUGGCGGCGCUGAAGGGGAACAACGCCAAGCUGACGGCAGCACUGCUGGAGUCCACCGCCAACGUCAAGCAAUGGAAGCAGCAGCUGGCAGCCUACCAGGAGGAGGCGGAGCGAUUGCACAAGAGGGUUACGGAGCUGGAGUGUGUGAGCAGCCAAGCCAGUGGUUUUAAGAUCCAAAAGACAGAGCUCAAUCAGACUAUAGAGGAGCUGGAAGCCACGCUCAAAGCCAAGGAAGAGGAACUGGAGGAGCUAAAGGAGAAAGUCCAACAUGCCAAUCACCUGCAGACACACAGGGAUUCAGUUUCGGAGAAACUUCAGGAGACUGAGUUACGUAAUCAAGACCUGGAGGGACAACUUCGGGAACUGGAGCAGCGUUUGGAGAGCAGUCAGCUGGAGCAGGAGGACUUCAGGAAGAGCUUGCGUUCUCUACUGGAGCUGCUGGAUGGCAAGAUCUUUGAGCUGACCGAACUGCGUGACUCCCUCGCCAAGCUCAUCGAGGACAGCUAGGGACUGUGGGCAGAGAUGAUGACUAGAUGAUGCCAUAGUGGCACAACUGAAUGCUGUUUACACAUAAUACAUAAUUACACACACCUGUACAUGUUCACAUAUGUAUGCACACAUGUGUCUCACGUGCACAGAGAAAGAAACUACACACAUGCACCCUCACACAGGAUCCCUGUGAUGAUACACUGGUACCUAAGAGUAUCCAUGUGAGAAUACACUGGUACCGAAGAGUAUCCAUGUGAUGAUACACUGGUACCUAAGAGUAUCCCUGUGAGAAUACACUGGUACCUAAGAGUAUCCAUGUGAGAAUACACUGGUACCUAAGAGUAUCCAUGUGAGAAUACACUGGUACCUAAGAGUAUCCCUGUGAGAAUACACUGGUACCUAAGAGUAUCCAUGUGAGAAUACACUGGUACCUAAGAGUAUCCAUGUGAUGAUACCAUACACACAUGCAACCUCACACAGGAUCCAUGUGAGGAUACCCCUAACCCCUAACCCUGGUACCUAAGAGGUUUUUUUCACUCUCUUCACUUUUGUUCCUUUUUCAUCCCCCCUACCCGGUUUGCAUUCAAAGAAGAUUCCUCUGAGUGAGAUUGGAUUUCUAUCCUGCACGUUUGAUGGUUCUCCUGUUGUUAUAUAUAUGCUGGGACACUGCAGUGGAUUUAUUUUUUGCAGUGCCCUGUUCAGGAUAUUUUCAUUUGUCAUUAUUAUUCUAAUUGUAUGUAGGUGCCUGUACCAAGAGCCAUGUACAGACUGACUUAUUGAUUGAUUGAUUGACUGACUGACUGACUGAUUGACUGACUGACUGACUGAAAUUGCCUGCUGUUAUCAACAGGCCCUUGAGGUGUUCACUGAUGUCUUUAUGACAGAAGAACAGAUACCUCCUCUCUUGAGAUGUCUGGGCAGUGGAUCUCAGCCAAGAGACGGCUAAGAGCCAGAGAAGCAACCCCAUUUCCAAGCCAAAAAGCUCUGGCUCUCUCCUGUUGCUUUGAUGGAUCUUAGACCCCUUCAUGCUUUCUUUCACAGAUGGGCUCAAAUCAUAUGUACAACUUCCGAAAGGGGAUACCUAAAUUGGACAGAAACACUUUGACACUAUUUGAGCAAUACAAGAGAAACCAACGGAUGAGACUGAAGGAAGGGAAAGCAGUCUCAUUAUCAGGUAUUCUACUUCCUUUUUUCGAGAGGCCACAGCAUCUGUCAUCAGUAUACGGUAUAUGAUGAUAUUGAUGGCCUGUCCUUUCUACACUUUUUAAAACUUGUAUGAGUUGUACAAGUGAUGUUUUUCCGUUGUUUUUGAGGUGCAGUUUUUUUCUGGGUAUUUGGUUGGUGGUAAUAAAAAUGAUUGCAGACAGUCUAUUCUUUAUUUAACUAUAUAGGACAUUUAUAUAUUUUAUUUCUUUUGGCCUAAUGACAUAUUUUUCAAGGUUUGAUAUGUGUGUGUUCUGUUUUGUUUUUUGUUUUUUUCCUAAAUGUGAAGUAAUGGCAAUAUUUUUCAACUAUUUAAAAAGGGACAUGGGAUAAAUAAUAAUGCAGAUGAGACGAUGUUUCCUUUGCCAAAAUGUUUUCCUGUACAAAGUUUUGCUAGAGUUGCCUUUGGUACAAAAGCGAGCAUCAAGGGUAGCCGAUUAUGGUACUUCUGUGGGAUUUACUAUUUGCCAAAAAUCUGUGAUGUAUACCAUAAAAUACCAUAAAAUACGAACUUGGAGAACACUCUUUAAGGGCUUGUAGUUGGUUCUCACACACUGGAACGAGAGUUUGAUGGGUACAUAGUAGUAUGACUCUCAUAACAUUUCAAUGAUGAGUUCUAGAACACUUGGAAGGGAAAUCAUGUUUGAGUAAUAGUUUUAGUGUUGAUGACACAGCAUACUGAACACACAACUGUUAUUAUGAAUUUGUAGGAAAUGCUAAUAAAAUGUUAAUUAAAACAACUGAAAA